CAUGACCACGCCCUACAACAUGGUCACACUAUCUCCAUCACUAGUUUUGCAAGUUUUGAGGAAUCGUUUGCUCUUGAAAGCUAGUACAAAAAUAAGAGGAGAUCUAGUACACAAGCCUGGCUCGUCUGUGUAUGCUGGUUUUGAUCCUACUAGUGAUAGCCUACACGUGGGGCACCUACUAACUAUUAUUCCAUUAAUUCAUUUUCAACAUGCUGGAUAUCAACCGAUUGCUGUGUUAGGCGGGGCUACAGGUAUGAUAGGUGAUCCUAGUGGUAGAACAAAGGAUAGGGAGUCUUUGUCGACUGAUUUUGUACAAGAAAAUAUAAUCAAAAUGUCCUCGAUCCUUUCAACAAUAUUCUCAAACUCUUUGUCUCUUGUUAGUGUCACUCCAGCCCAGCCAGUGCUAAAGAUACUUAAUAAUGCUGAUUGGUACAGAGAUAUAAAUGUUAUUGAGUUUUUGUCUGGUUUUGCUCGUAGCUUUCGUGUCGGAGCAAUGCUGCAUAAAGAAAGUGUUCAGCUGAGAUUACAAUCAGAGCAUGGAAUCAGUUUUGCUGAGUUCUCUUAUCCUAUAUUCCAAGCCUAUGACUUCUUUCAUUUGCAUCAGAAUUAUAAAACAUGGCUACAAAUAGGUGGGGGAGACCAAUGGGGGAACAUAUCCAGUGGCUGUGAACUACUGAACAAAUGCACACAAGAAGACAUAGAAGGUUUGACAGUUCCAUUACUACUAUCCAGUUCAGGUGAGAAGAUCAGUAAGACAGCUAACAAUGCAAUAUGGCUCUCUCCUAAUAAAACUUCGCCUUUUCAAUUAUACCAGUUUUUCUUACAAACACCAGAUGACACUGUGCAUCAGUAUCUUCUUAAUUUCACUUUUACAUCCUUUGAAGAGAUAGAAAGAAUAAUCUUGGAUCACCUUUCCAACCCAGAGAAAAGAAUAGCACAAGUGCAUUUAGCAAAACAAGUUACACAGUUAGUGCAUGGAGAAAGAGGAUUGGAAGAAGCUCUGAUAAGUACUAAAGCUCUCUUUGAAGACCAGCAAUUACUUUAUAGCCUCUCGCGUGAUAGUUUCGAAAAAUUAUUCAAAAGUGUACCAAGUGUUUCGCUAUCUAAGGAAGAAGUUAAAUCUUCAGCUGAUAAACUAGUUAAUGUUGUGUAUCAUUUGCCUGGAAUUAAUUCAAGAAAAAAAGCAAGAAAGCUCAUAGAGAGUGGAGCAUUACACAUUAACUCAAAGAAAGUGGAAUCAAUCGAUGAAAAGUGGUCACAUGACACUCACGUGAUACGAGACUAUAUCAGCGUAAUCAAGAUUGGCAAAAAAACUGUACAGCUAAUCAAGUGGACAUAAGUCACGUGACAACACGUGGUUUAGCGCAUGCGCAUAAAUUUCUGUAAAAAAUCCA